AUGGCCAGGUCUGGAGACGAGCAGGCAGGGUGCCUCUAUGAAGAGCAGCCACCCUUUCGAGAAACAUCGCCACUGAAAGCGGAAUGGGAGAGUUGCCCUGAAUUUCAAGACCGAUGGAGUCUUGCUUAUGAUACCAUUGACCGCCAGGCAUUUCUCAUCGAAGUAAGUAAUUGCGCAGCAGUUGCCAGCAGACCCUUACUGGGGAGCACGCACUUAUACGCCAGAGAGCCGCGAAGAGAAUGCGCUCCCCUAGAGUUACUUCGUGUAAAAGGUGAAAAGCAUGUAGAAUUCUUAACUCCCGAACGUUCAGACUCGGAUAGUGAAAUAAUUUCCGCGGCUAGCAGGUACCUACCCGUUAGCGCGGUGGUUUGUUCUUUGUCGGUGAAGUGGACGAGGAUAACCAGACAGACGCGUCGGGAGCAAAGGUGCUGGCUUCGCGCCCGUUCCUCUGACAGCGUCGAGAAGUCUGACGCCACCCGACCCCUUUCUCCCGGUAAAGGCGCGUGUAGUCGCCUUUCCCCGCUCCCUCCGGAGAAACGCUCCGCCGCCUGCGGACCUGCAGGCAGGAGGAAGGAGGCCGCCCCCGCCGGUUCCGUGGCGGAAGGCGCAAGAGGCAGAUCAGGCGGGGGGGAGGAGCGGCUGGAAGUGAGCAGGGUUAGUGCUUCGGGCCGUGCAGACAGGCGUCCGGUUGACAACUACGAUUCCUGGUUUUCUCCUGAAACUCUACGAAAUUAUGGGGAGAAGCGUGCGUUAAUUCCCGUGGGAAGGACAGAAAUUCUGGGGGUUGGAUGGUUAUAUUUCUUAUUCAAGGGGUUUGUGAAAGUUGUCAAGAAUAAGGCGUACUUCAAGAGAUACCAAGUGAAAUUCAGGAGAAGGAGAGAGGGAAAAACUGAUUAUUAUGCCCGUAAACGUUUGGUAAUUCAAGAUAAAAAUAAGUACAACACGCCUAAGUACAGGAUGAUUGUGCGUGUUACCAACAGAGACAUCAUUUGCCAGAUUGCCUAUGCCAGAAUUGAAGGUGACAUGAUUGUCUGUGCUGCUUACGCUCAUGAGCUGCCAAAAUACGGCGUGAAGGUUGGCCUGACCAAUUACGCAGCAGCAUACUGUACAGGUCUGCUGUUGGCACGCAGGCUUCUGAAUAAAUUUGGCCUUGAUAAGAUCUAUGAAGGCCAAGUUGAAGUGACGGGUGAUGAAUACAAUGUGGAAAGCGUGGAUGGAAAGCCUGGUGCUUUCACGUGCUACCUGGAUGCAGGUCUUGCCAGAACUACCACUGGAAACAAAGUCUUUGGUGCUCUGAAGGGUGCCGUGGAUGGUGGUCUGUCCAUCCCUCAUAGUACCAAACGUUUCCCUGGUUAUGACUCGGAAAGCAAAGAAUUCAAUGCAGAGGUUCACCGCAAGCAUAUCAUGGGCCAGAAUGUUGCAGAUUAUAUGCGUUACCUGAUGGAGGAGGAUGAAGAUGCUUACAAAAAACAGUUCUCCCAGUACAUAAAGAACAACGUAACACCUGAUGGGAUGGAAGAAAUGUAUAAAAAAGCCCAUGCUGCUAUACGGGAUAAUCCAGUCCAUGAGAAGAAACCCAAGAGAGAAGUUAAGAAAAAGAGAUGGAACUGUCCCAAGAUGUCCCUCGCCCAGAAGAAAGAUCGUGUUGCUCAGAAGAAGGCUAGCUUUCUCAGGGCCCAGGAGCGCACAGCUGAUAGUUAAGACAACUUCCACAAUUUUCUAUGAAGCUUUGGAAAAAGUGGCAAUAAAUUUAUUGAUUAAGCAA